UUGCGCUUUCCCGAGGCGGGCACCAUAGAGGCUCGACGAUGCCUCCUGGGUGGGGAUGACUUCUGUCUGGAGAUGAACCUCUCUCGAGAUGAUCAGAUCCGCCAGGCGGUUAACCAAAUCGAGAGUGUACAGCAUUGGCUGAAGGGACAGCUCGCUGCAGAGCAAUCUGCCAGGGAUUGGAUGCCUCCAGAGUCGGAAUUGGCCGACUUUGUGAACCGUCUGCUCUACCUACUUUGCCUGGUAUCACCCCUAUGUCCUCCUCAGGUGGCAGAGAGCGUUGAUGAGGUUCGCAGUCAGCAUUGGUGGAGCACUUUCCUGCAGGGAUAUCAGUUUGCGGGUGAUUUGGUUGCCACAGUCAAUUAUCCACUACCGCAUUCGCACGACGCUGUCUCUUCCGCUGCCCACCUUCUGGCAACUGCCAAACUGGCCCUUCUGGCUCAGGAUGGUAAUCCGGAGACCGCCAAUCGAGAUCUUUUCGCUCUGGAGCCCCUACUGGCCACCCCAGCCGCCGCCGACGCCAGCAGCCAACAACCUCUACGACGAAAGCCCUACCUGGACGUAUACAGAGACCCUAUUCCCUCUUCAGAGGCACACGUCGCUCAGUGUCUAAUCCAAAGACUACGAACUCGUGUCCAGGAGGUCCUCUGCGAAUGGCCGGAUCACCCAGCCCUACUGAAGGUCUUUUUGCACCCUGUUCUGCUCCUACUUUCUAUAUUUUGUUGCAGAAUUUAA